GUGAAAUUUUGCAUUAAGAUGAGAGAAUGGAUGGGUUUUGGUUGGGGGCUCUGAGGAUUAUAUAUAAGAUGCGCUAGCUGGAUCCUCCGUCUUCCCAAUCUCCCUCUUUCUCAGCCUUCUCUGUUUCCAAGUCUCAAACACUUCCCCCAAACUGAUCCUUUUGUGUAACGGAAGAACCUGUUCAGUUUUGCUUCCCUGUUUAAUUUCUUCAUUCACAGCAGUGUUCUGGUAACUCCCCUACGAUCUCUCCAUUGUGUUCUUUCAUCCGUUGCUAAUUACUGGUUCCGAACUCCCAAUUAACAGUUCCGAGCGGAUAAAGUUCAUGCAAGCAAUUACAGUCCUUUAGCGAAAGUUGGGUGGUCUUAUAUAUCCCCAGUGAGGGUUUAGGGUUUUGGGAGGGUGAUGGAUAAUCUGGAAAAGGCCAUAGUGAUCAGCUUUGAUGAGACUGGGGGCGUCGAUGGUGUGCUGAAAUCACAAGCGAUUGCAUUUUGUCAGCAAAUUAAGGACUCCCCAUCAAUCUGUAGUAUAUGUAUCGAUCGUUUGUGCUUUUCAAAGCUAGUUCAGGUCCAGUUCUGGUGCUUACAAUGCCUUUAUGAUGCACUUCGGGGUCGAUACUCCUCAAUGAGUUCAGAGGAGAAGUUACUUGUUAGGAAAUCCGUGUUUUCUAUGGCCUGUUAUGAGACCUCUAAUGAUAAUAACAACUUGGUGAGGGUUCUGGAUGGUCCAACCUUCAUAAAGAAUAAGCUUGCUCAAGUUUUUGUGACUUUAAUUUAUUUUGAGUACCCAUCAACGUGGCCUUCUGUCUUUGUCGACUUCUUACCGAAUCUUAGUAAAGGAGCAGUUGUUAUUGAUAUGUUUUGUCGGAUUUUAAAUGCUAUGGAUGAGGAGAUAAUUAGUUUGGACUACCCAAGGAGCCAAGAUGAUGUGACUAUUGCAGGGCGAAUUAAGGAUGCUAUGAGGCAGCAGUGCAUUGGUCAGAUUGUUAGGGCAUGGUAUGAUGUUUUGUUAAUGUAUAGGAGUUCUGAUCCAGAGUUGUGCACUAGUGUUUUAGAUUCUGUAAGGAGGUAUGUUUCAUGGAUUGACAUUGGGUUAAUAGUCAACGAUGCAUUUCUCGCGUUGUUAUUUGAGUCAAUGUUGGUUGAUGGCUUUCCAGAACAACUCCGUGCUGCUGCUGCUGCUUGUGUGCAAGCAGUAGUUUCCAAGCGUAUGGAUCCAAAAGCUAAGAUCACACUCUUACAGAAUCUUCAGAUAAGAAGGGCCUUUAGUUUGCUGGGUGGUGACAAUGAUUCUGAAUUGGUAUCAAGCAUCGCGUCAUUGCUCACUGCUUAUGCCAAUGAAAUUUUGGAUUGUUUCAAGAGGAUAGACUUUGGUAGUGGCAAAGCCAUCUCAAUGGAUCUUCUAAAUGAAGUUCUGCCCUCAGUGUUUUAUGCCAUGCAACAUUGUGAACUUGAUGAAACUUUCAGCAUUGUGCAGUUCCUUUCUGGGUAUGUUGGCAUGAUGAAGAGCCUUGCCCGAUUGACUGAGACACAGCAGCAUCACUUAGGUCAGAUACUGGAAGUCAUCCGUUCCCAAAUUCGCUUUUCUUCGAAGUACCGUGAUAAUCUUGAUGUACUGGACAAAGUUGGGAGGGAAGAGGAAGACCGGAUGACUGAGUUUCGUAAGGAUUUAUUGGUCCUACUUCGCAAUGUUGGACGUGUUGCACCUGAUGUUACACAAAUUUUUAUCAGGAACUCCUUCGAAAGUGCUGUUGCAUCUAGUGGUGAUUAUAACGUUGAGGAGAUAGAGGCUGCACUUUCACUUUUUUAUUCGUUUGGCGAAUCAGUUAGUGAGGAGAUGAUGAAGAAUGGAGGUGGUCUUUUGGGAGAGCUGGUGCCGAAGCUCCUGCAAACAAAGUUUCCUUGCCACUCCAAUAGGAUUGUGGCAUUAAUGUAUUUGGAAACUAUAACAAGGUAUACAAAGUUUGUUCAGGAGAGUAAUCAGAGUAUGCAAUACAUACCCAUGGUUCUGAGUGCAUUCCUAGAUGAAAGAGGCAUACACCAUGCAAAUAUUAAAGUGAGCAGACGAGCAAGUUAUCUUUUCAUGAGGGUUGUUAGAUUGCUAAAAGCAAACCUUGUCCCAUACAUAGAGACCAUUUUGCAGAGCCUGCAAGAUACUGUUGCUCAAUUUACAACCAUGUCUUAUUCUUCCAAGGAACUAUUGGGGUCUGAAGAUGGUAGUCACAUCUUUGAGGCCAUUGGUUUAUUGAUAGGGAUGGAAGAAGUACCACUUGCAAAACAAUCGGAGUAUCUUUCUGCUUUGCUUACUCCUCUUUGUCAGCAGGUGGAAGAAAUGCUCGUUAACGCAAAAGUUCUGAACCCUGAAAAGUCCCCUGAGAAGAUGAUCAAUUUACAGCAGAUAAUAAUGGCCAUUAAUGCUCUUAGCAAGGGCUUUAGUGAACGCCUUGUAACUGCUAGUCGUCCCGCGAUUGGUCUCAUGUUUAAGCAGACAUUGGAUGUCAUGUUACAAAUUCUUGUUGUAUUUCCAAAAGUAGAUUCACUGCGGUGUAAGGUUACAUCUUUUGUUCAUCGCAUGGUGGACACUUUAGGAGCAUCCGUGUUUCCUUAUCUUCCGAAGGCGCUGGAGCAAUUGCUUGUAGAAAGUGAGCCUAAGGAAUUAGCGGGAUUUCUGGUGCUGAUUAAUCAGCUAAUCUGCAAAUUCAGUACAUCAGUUGGAGACAUAUUGGAUGAACUGUACCCUGCUAUUGCUGGUAGGGUUUUCCAUAUUCUCCCGAGAGAUGAUUUCCCUCCAGGACCUGGUGGCAACACUGAGGAAAUACGUGAAUUGCAAGAACUUCAACGUACACUAUACACAUUUCUCCAUGUCAUUGCCACUCAUGAUCUUUCAUCAGUUUUUCUAUCUGCCAAAAGUCGGCCGUACUUGGAUACCGUGAUCCAGAUGCUGUUGCAUAGCUGCUGUAAUCACAAGGAUAUUGUUAUACGGAAGACCUGUGUGCAAAUUUUCAUCAGACUGAUUAAAGAUUGGUGCACCAGUCAAUAUGGCGAAGAGAAGGUACCUGGUUUCAAAAGUUUCGUUAUUGAGGCCUUUGCAACGAACUGCUGCCUGUACAGUGUGCUUGACAAGUCCUUUGAGUUUCGUGAUGCAAAUUCAUUUAUUUUAUUUGGUGAGAUUGUAUCGGCUCAGAAGGUCAUGUAUGACAAAUUUGGCAAUGAUUUUCUCGUUCAUUUUGUAUCUAAAGGUUUUCCUAGUUCUCAUUGCCCUCAACAAUUGACUCAGCAGUAUUGUCAGAAGUUGCAAGGCAAUGACAUGAAAGGAUUAAAAUCAUGCUACCAGUCUAUCAUUGAACAUUUAAGACUCCAACAAAAUGGUGUUGUGUUCAGAUAACAUCCAGAGAAGAAAAACCGUCUACGUACUAUUAGUUGUACUCUUAGUAUUUGUUUGGUGAUUGGUUUAUGUUCACGCAAAGGCUUCCUUUUCAUGUAAAUAUCAUUGCUUUGAGGGGUCCGUGGACAGUGAGUUGUAAAUUUGCGGAAGCAGUUUUUUUUGCGAAAUGAGGUGAAAAGUUUCUCUCUCGGUUUGACUAUGCAACUGCCCGGGGUGGAUCUAGUUAAAGAAGAUCAUAAUAAAUCCCUUGGUGGUUCAACUAGUGACCUAAAUUGGUUCAACUAGUGACCUAAACUGUUGUGUAUACGCCUUGCCACUUUGCGAGUAUUCUCUUUAGUGUGUGUGAAAUUCAUGUGGAAGAAACGAAGUGGAUUUUGGCAAGAACUAGUUUAAGAUUAAUGCGUAGUUUUUGUUUUUAAAGAUAAUUUAUUAUCUUUAGCCUUUAGGUCAUUAAAUCGUUGGUAAGUUAAGAAAAGGGUUUAAUCCUAGAAAAAUAUCUUUGAAUAAAAUAUUUUUGUGUUGAUGUU